CUAUAGCCCUGAUUAAGGGUGGGGGGGGGGCGAUAAAGGGGCUAGAAUUCCUCCCACCCGCAACUAGAAUUCCCCCCACUUAUUCUAGCCCCCUAAUUCUCAAGGGCUCCCUACAAUUCUAUGGAUUGACUGAUUAAUAAGGAACGUCGACUAUGGAACUCCUAUGAAGAAACCUGCUAGAAUAAGCCACGAUUCCUUAUUGCAGGUGGCAGUGGGAGGGAGCUCUAGUUGGCCCCUCGACAUUCUAUGGCCCUACUAUUCAGAUCCCUACUAUUCGCUUGACUGGGGUGGGAGGAGAGAUUCUAGUGGAGGUAGAUGAAUUGUAGGUUCAGUCGGUUCAAUGCCUACUGUAUCGGAUGGAUGCCCGGAAGGACGCUUCCAAAGGCUACCAGGCAUACCGAAAUCCGUGAUCCAUGGAUCUCCGAUAUUGUUGCCAGCUGGGAAACCGUGUACCACUCCCUACCGGGGGGAGGAAUCAACAAACAACGGCACGUCAGACAAAGUCGUCAUUCAUGCUUUCAGAAAGAACAGGAACAAGAAUCGCCCUACGGCAUGCUUUCUUCUUCUUUCAUUAAUAUGAAAAAAACGACAUCGCCAUAGUGCAUCGGACUCUAUAUGUCGCCAUGGCGGGAUUUAUGCUAUGGAGCGGAAACCGCCGAGAAACUUCUCGAGAUGCUGGAGGGUGCGAAAUCAAUAGGUGCCGGAGCAGCUACAAUUGCUUCAGCGGGAGCUGCUGCCGGUACUGGAAACGUUUUUAGUCCCUCGAUUCAUCCCGUCGCGCGGAAUCCAUCAUUGGCUAAACAAUCAUUCGGUCACGCCAUUUCGGGGUUUGCUCCAACCGAAGCUAUUGCAUCGUCCGCGUCGACGACGGCCUUUCCGAUCCCAUUCGUCUUCCGAAGUUUCCGCCGGGGGGUGAGUCGAGUAACAAGUAUAUAAUCUAUUAAAUAAAGAAGAAAGUUUUGUUUCAAUCGGCGGAGGAGGGUGGAGAACCAUUGGAUGGGAAUAGGGGUUCUACCGAU